AAAAACAAACAGCAAAGCACCAAAGUAAAACCCUAGAAAUUGGAUUUGCUUCUCUGUUAAGGUUUAAGUAUGUCAUAAAGAAUUGGAAUGAUUAUGGGCUUGAUUGCUAUUUUGGAAUGAAGACAGUUGGAAACAAAAGACCUCAGUUGUUGAUAUGUGUUGAGACUUCAAGCAUGUCUAUUGAUCCUAAUGCACAAUUACCAUUGGCUUUCGUGGAUGAGGACCCUUCCUCAGGCUCUGGAGAUGAUGUGAACAUGUUGGAUGGACACAACAAGCGUCAGUCUGUGACGCAAUCAAGUGCAGGUCGUCGCAAGAGAAGUCGCAAGGCUACUGGAGAUGCCAUAGUGGAUGCUAUGCUUGAGAUUGCAGCUGCUUCCAAAAUGAGGGCGACUGCAAUUAUGAAGAAUACGUCUGCUAGCAUGGAUGAAUUUGACUUAGAAUUGGACGAGAUGGAAUUAGUUGCUGCAGCUGCUGGCUACUACUAUUAUAAUAGUAUAACCAGGCAGCCUUGUCAUAGUUUGUCACCUAGCGGAUCUGGAUUUAUGACUGAAGUGCUGAAUGGUCAUGAUGAUGUAUGUCGGGAAAUGUUUAGGAUGGAUAAACAUGUGUUUCACAAAUUAUGUGAUACUCUUCGACAGAGAGGCAUGUUACGAGAUACGGCUGGUGUCAUGAUAGAGGAGCAGCUGGCUAUUUUCUUGAACAUCAUUGGCCACAAUGAGCGUAACAGAGUAAUACAAGAGCGAUUUCAACACUCGGGUGAGACCAUCAGCCGGCAUUUCAAUAAUGUAUUGAAGGCAAUCAAGUCAUUAUCUCGUGAAUUUCUGCAACCACCACCACUCAGCACUCCUCCAGAAAUCUUAAGAAAUAAUAGAUUUUAUCCAUAUUUUAAGGAUUGUAUUGGAGUUAUAGAUGGCAUGCACAUUCCUGCACAUGUCCCGGCCAAAGACCAAUCUCGAUUUCGUAACAGGAAAGGUAUUUUGUCGCAAAAUGUGUUGGCAGCUUGCACAUUUGACCUACAGUUUAUUUUUGUUUAUCCUGGGUGGGAAGGCUCCGUUGCAGAUUCACGUGUAUUAAGAGCUGUCCUAGAUGAUCCAGAUCAGAAUUUCCCUAACAUUCCUGAAGGGAAGUACUACCUUGUUGACUCAGGGUAUUCAAAUAUUGAAGGAUUCAUUGCUCCUUACCAAGGUGUGAGGUACCACCUCCAUGAAUAUAGAGGAGCCAAUCAACUACCAAGGAGCGCAAAGGAGUUGUUUAAUCACCGGCAUGCAUUUCUAAGAAAUGCCAUCCAGAGAUCAUUUGAUGUGUUGAAAGCACGAUUUCCUAUUCUCAAACUCGCUCCUCAAUAUGCGUUCCAUAUCCAAAGAGAUAUUGUUAUAGCUGCAUGUGUUAUACAUAAUCACAUCCGACGAGAAGAAAGAAAUGAUUGGUUGUUUACUGGUGUUGAAGGAAGGACAGUGGAAGAAUUUCCUGAUUAUGAUGAUCAACCCGAUAUGCAGAUGACUACCUCAAUACAAGAACAGAUUGCUUCCUCAUUACGAGACUCAAUUGCAGCAGCAAUGUGGAGUGACUUCAUAAAUAAGUGGGAUGAGUGGUGAUUGGUACUGCUAGCAAUCUAGGAACUUGUAGAGAUUCUGUAUGAGUUCUCCAUAAUGGGUGAAUCAUUUUGUGGAUUCUAGAUGUCUCCAUAUGAAAUGGAAUAAUCCAUUUGAUAUGGCCUUUUGCAGUGCAUGGUAGCAAUGAAGAAUUUCUAGAUAACAAAA